AUGGAGAGACAAAUGUCAGCACAAGUUGAGACAGAAUUAAGUAGUAAAUCAGUUACUGCAUCAAUUAGAACAAAAAUGACAAUUGAAGCACAAGCUGGAUUAAGAGAACAAGAAAGAAAAGAAAGAGAAGAACGGUCUAAAACAUUAGAAAAUUAUCUUAGUAAAUCUACAUUAAGUGAUAAAGAGAAAAAUUCAUUACGAGCUGAAUUGGCAGAAAAAGAAAAUGAAUAUAAUAGAUGUAAAAGAGCUAAAUUAAAGAAAAGUGAUUUUGAAACUAUUAAAGUAAUAGGAAGAGGAGGAUUUGGAGAAGUAAGAUUAGUUGUAAAAAAGAAUAGUAAUUCAUUAUUUGCUAUGAAAAUGAUGAGAAAGAAAGAUAUGAUUGAAAGAGGACAAACAGGACAUGUUAAAGCAGAAAGAGAUAUAUUAGCACAAACCCAUUUUACGAAUGAUUGGGUAGUAAAAUUAUAUUAUUCAUUUCAAGAUAAUGAUUAUUUAUAUUUAAUGAUGGAAUAUUUAGCAGGAGGAGAUAUGAUGACAUUGUUAAUUCGAGAGAAUAUAUUUAGUCAUGAAAUGGCAAGAUUUUAUAUUGCAGAAUUAUUACUUGCGAUAGAUUCAAUUCAUCAAUUAAAUUAUAUUCAUCGAGAUAUUAAACCUGACAACAUAUUAUUUGAUAAUAACGGACAUAUUAAAUUAACAGAUUUCGGUUUGUGUACCGGAUUUCAUAAAGAUCACGAAAGUUCAUAUUUUGAAAUUGUUGAUAAAGCUUCAAAAUUAAAUUUAAGUGAUUUAAAAAGUCAAAAAUUAUCUAAAGAAUUGGCUCAUAAUUAUAAAAAUAAAAAAAGAAAUUUAGCUUAUUCUGUAGUGGGUACUCCUGAUUAUACAGCACCUGAAGUAUUUUUACAAAAAGGUUAUUAUAAAGAAUGUGAUUAUUGGAGUGUUGGUUGUAUUUUAUUUGAAAUGCUUGCUGGGUAUCCACCUUUUGUUAGUGAUGAUUCUGUUCAGACUUGUUUAAAAAUUAUUAAUUGUAAUGAAACUUUACAAUUUCCUGAUGAUGUUGAAAUUCAUGAUGAUGCAAAAGAUCUUAUUAAAAAAUUAGUUUGCUUAAAAGAAAAACGUCUUGCUGAUAUUAAACUUAUUCAACAACAUCCUUUUUUUAAAGGUUUUAAUUGGGAUACUAUUUUUGAACAAACACCUCCUUAUCUUCCUAAAUUAAAAAGUCCUUUUGAUACAAGUAAUUUUGAUGACUUUGAAUUAAAUGAAGAUGAUGUUGAAGAAAAACCUGUUAACAUUAAUAAUCCAAAAGACCUUGCUUUUGUUGGAUAUACUUAUAAAGGUUUUUUAAAUGUUGUCAAUACUCCUUCUAAAAAAAGACAUGCUCAAGGAAUUACCCUUUCUCAAAUAUUUUCUACUCAUAUUGCUAAUUGA